AUGUCAGACAACUCGGCAUCUUCACCCACGACCGGCGGUCUACGACGUCUCUCAGAAGGAGAAUGGCCAACCCACCCGAGUAAGAGCAAGUACUCUGGAAACCAAAACACUUCCGUCAACGAUACCACCGUCAACAAACCUGACUCCAACGGACCUCAUGAGAGCAACUCACUGUCCGACAUGGCAAAAUCCACACAACCUGCACGCAGCGAGCCUGAUGACCGCAGUCUGAUGGCCGACGUUGUUGUCGACUCCGUUGUACCUGCUGGCCCUGGAAUACCUUCUCUGAACUGCAAAUCCCCAGCACCAGCGGAACGCGAUCCAAUACCAGGAGAUACCUAUGCUGGCUCUGGUCCUCGUGGCCUUCCCUUGGAUGGAGAUGGAUGGAGGUACCAUAUCUCUCAUCAGCGUUACAACGGGCCUGCGAUCGACCACAACGCUCUUAACGAACUGGAACGUACCGAGGCUUUCAUUCUGGGAGAGGGUGAGAAGAAGAUCGAAGAGAAAAUUGAUACUCGAACUCCAAACACUACCAUUUUCACCUUCAACAAGGAAGACCACACUCUCGCCAAUCUGCUUCGCGACAAGCUCUUGAAGAACAGCCACGUCACCUUUGCAGCAUACCGCAUCCCCCAUCCACUAUUCGCCAAGUUCGAGCUCCGAGUCCAGACUGACGGCGAGAUUACACCCAAAGAAGCAGUCUUGGCCAGCUCCAAGGACAUCAUUCAAGACCUGAACGCUCUUAAGACCAACUUCACCCGCGAGUACGAACUGAGAAAGAUGGUUGGAGGUGCACAGAACGGAAUAUGA